UGCUUUGUUGAAGUCCCUCUUCCUGCAUUCUGGGUGUAUUUCUGCCCCAGAUCUCUCUUGGGCUGGUCUUUGUUCUGUUUCUUUCCCCUCUGAGAGAAGAUGGGUCUAGCGGAGUAGGUACUGAAGCAAGAAAGAAGAGUUGCAACUGGGCUGGUGGGCUACUGUUGUGGUGAGAUCAAAAUCAAGGAAUGAUGUACCGAUGUCUCCUCCGGGCCUUGCCUGGAGCCAUUCUUCUUCUUGGGAGUGUGCUGCUCCUUUCCUCAAGGCGUUAUGGUAACCAGGGGGAGACCCUCACCUACCAAAACCUUUCAGAAGGGCUAUUUAGCAGAUGGGCACAGCAGAAGAUGGCAACGGUGGGCGUGACCAACGAUGGCAGUCACACAGAGCCAGAGUCUGAAAAACUCCAGGUCCGUGAAAAGGCUUCUACUGUUGGAACAGGUCAGUUGAUUGAAGAUCUCUUCAUUGCCGUGAAGACAACCCAAAAGUUCCACCAAUCUAGGAUAAAAUUACUGCUGGAUACCUGGAUGUCCCGAGUGAAAGAACAGACCCAUCUCUUCACAGAUAAAGAAGAUAAUGAACUACAGGAAAAACUGGGUGAUCAUGUCAUAUUCACCCACUGCUCUGCAGAGUACAGCCAUCCAGCACUUUCUUGCAAAAUGGCGGCUGAGUUCGAUGCAUUUUUAGCUAGUGGCCGAAGCUGGUUUUGUCACCUAGAUGAUGAUAAUUAUCUUAACCCACAAGCUCUGUUGAAGCUCUUGUCUUCGUAUUCUCCAGAAGAUGACGUUUAUAUUGGGAAACCCAGCUUGAAUAGGCCAAUUCAUACCUCAGAAUCCUUGCCUAACAACCAGACGAAAUCAGUCUAUUUUUGGUUUGCCACUGGAGGUGCUGGAUUCUGUAUUAGCAGGAAGCUGGCCACGAAAAUGGCUCCAUGGGCAAGUGGCAGAAACUUCCUGGUUACAUCAGAGCUCAUCCAUCUUCCCGACGACUGCACUGUGGGUUACAUCGUUGAGUGCAAAUUAGGGGGUUGCCUGGUCCCCAGUGCUUUAUUUCACUCUCACCUGGAGAACCUAAAACUAAUCAAGAAACCCCAGCUAACCAAACAGGUCACUCUCAGCUAUGGCAUUUUUGAGAAGAAACUCAAUGCUAUCAAUCUGGCUGGUCCUUUCUCUCAGGAAGAGGAUCCUUCCAGAUUCCGGACUCUUCACUGCCUUCUGUAUCCAGACACAUCCUGGUGUCCACAGUUGGUCAUAUAGUGACAAGAUCUCUGAAGCCCUCACCAUGCUGGAGAAGUCUCUAUAUCAGGGCAAAUCCGUUGGGCUCCCAAAUCUCCAUACAACAGAACUGCCUUCCAAGUGACAUAAGGAGGACUGAUAGUUGGAAAAACACUAAAGUGGUGAAUGGGACAUCUUGUUGAUUUUGUGAACAAGAGACAGAGCAAGAACUAUUUUUUUGAGUUCUGCCAAAUGUGCUGGCAGGUGGUCCUGGGGGCAGUUCACACUGUGUCCAGUGCAAAAGGACAUCUCCUGCCCGUCCAGGUCCAAUAUCAUGGAUUACUCAACGGCAUAUAUAUGGCUGGUGCUAUUCUAUUUUUUUAAAUAUGAAUUGAAAUGGUCUAAUGCUAAUGGUCUCAUACAUGGUGUACCAGCAAAUGACUCUGAACACACCCAGUUUUAUUUCAGAAACUAAGCAAGUUUGAGACCGGUUAAUGCUUGAAUAGAAGACCAGAGAUCUCCAAACAGGAGCAGGAAAGAGUUCUUCCUUGAGGGCCUCUACCAGCUGGAAUUGGCAACAGUGAACUAGAAGGAUCAAUGACCAGAUUCAGUAGCAGCCAGUUUUCCAUGUGGGUAAAUUCCCCGCAGACCUCCAGCUGCAUGACCCCCCAAGUUCUAUAUGUAGCCCAUAAUGUUACUUUUUAAAAUCUCCAGUGUGACUGGAGAAGUCUGGUCUGGCCAUUCCAUUAAUGCAUUACAUUCCAUUGCACAGACCAUUAAUACAAACAAUGUUGCUCUUGUGUCAUCAGUGGCUUUCUUCAUCCUAUGUUUUUUCUGUUGAUGUAAUUCAGCAUUUGGGUGUAUACUUUUAAUACAUGGCUUGUGUUCUCAGGAUGUGUUUCCUCAUUUCCAGUUGAGAUAAUCA